AUGAGCGCACCCGUCGACCAGGACGCGCCGCCCAGAGAUGAGGCAGAGGCCUCGACCCUCCACGUACGGGCGCUGGUAGCCGCCGCCCAGCAGCAGAGGACGCGGCGUCGCAGGGGAUCGCUCAGGAAGGUUGCGCUCCUGGGGAGAGGCGCACAGCGCGACAGGAGAGAGGGCAGGCCGCUGGCCAUUGAUACCGAGGCCAUCGCGGACGCGCCCAUUGCCGAGUCUGCUCGCUUUGGUCCGGCUUCUGCCUCGGGGACCACGGCGCACGACGCCCUUGGACUCAACAUUUCCCCCAUCUCAUCCCCGACAAGUGAAUAUCCUAAUCCCAUCGGCUCGCCAACUUCCUCGGCGUGCUUCGAGCCCGGGCAGGCGGACAUGUACAGCUUCACGACAGACGAAGAAGACCUGCUGCAGCUGGAGACUCAUGCCUCUCAGGCCUUGCGAUCCAGCCUCCCUCUGUCAUCCGGGUCCGAGUCCUACUACGCCGGGCGAGUCGCCUCCGAACGCCGGCAAAAGGCCAAGUCUCCUCUCUCCUAUUCCGCCUCGACGCUGCCUCAGCCAGCUGUGGGCUGGGACUAUUCCGAGACUGAGUGGUGGGGCUGGGUUGUGUUGACUGUAACUUGGUUUGUCUUCGUCAUGGGCAUGGGCUCUUGCUUUGACGUCUGGAGCUGGGCGUGGGAUGUAGGUAAGACGCCAUAUGCACCGCCCGAGCUUGAAGACGACCCUACUCUACCAAUCGUGGGUUACUAUCCCGCGCUCAUCACUCUGACGUGCGUCAUGGCCUGGGUCUGGGUUGUUGUUGCUUGGGUGGGCAUGAAAUACUUUCGGCAUGCGAAAAUUAGCGGUGAUUGA